GAAAAAGAAGUUAAGAAUGGGAGCUCCAAAGCAUAAGUGGACACCGGAAGAGGAAGAAGCUCUUAUGGCUGGAGUACUCAAACAUGGACCUGGAAAAUGGCGUUACAUACUCGCAGACUCUGAGUAUUCCUCUGUUUUGCACUCUCGCUCAAAUGUGGAUCUCAAGGACAAGUGGAGAAACAUAAGUGUAGCAGCUACUUGUGGAUCUAGGAAGAAGGCUAAGCAGGAUGAUGACAAUACCAAAGCUCUUACCAUUUUGGCUCUGACUAAUGGUGAUGAUGGAGGACAACAACACUUUGCACUCUCAUGUGACACACCACAAGAUCUCUUCACAAGUGUGGAUAACAUGAUCUUGGAGGCUAUUACUAACUUUGAGGGACCUUUGGGACCUGACAGAAACUCAAUCUUGAUGUAUCCAGAGGUGGAUGCUAAUAUGCAACUGAAUAUGGAGCAGCUUGUGACUUCAAGACUUGAGCAUUUGAUCAAUAUUGAAACAAUAGUCAAGAUAGAUCACAGAUACAGUAUUUCUCAGGGCUAUACAGUUGCAAAGGCAAUAGCAGAAGCAGAGUUGGCAAUAGCAGAAGCUGAAGGAGCGGCAAGAGAGGCAGAAAACGCAGAAGCCAAGGCUGAAGCUGCCCGUAUUUUCGCAAAAGCUGCAAAGAAAGCUUUGAAAGCAUACAAUGCAAUGCAACCUCGCUUGUAG